GAGAGAGAGAGAGAGAGAGAGAGGAGAGAGAGAAAGAAAUCACAGUCCGAUUCAGCCCAAAAAUGGCAGCCACCGCCGCGGCCGCCGCCGUAGCCUCUUCUUUCUCCACAUCCAUGCAGAGUUUGAAGUACACAACCACCAAAAUCUGGCCUAAUAAUAAUAAUAAUAAUAAUAAUAAUGAUAAUAAUAAUAAUUUCUUAAAGAUUUCAUGUGGGCGAAUUAAUCCAAUUAGUAGCAGUGGUGUGUGUGUCAAGUGGAGGGUUUUGCGUAUAGCGGCCGCAGUGGCUCAGGAAGAGGCGGCGGCUCUGACUGCUCCGGCGGAGGAGGAAUCCGAGGCGGCGGAGGUGGGUGAUUCUGAGAGCGCCGCCGCCGCCGCAAACACGAAGCUUUACUUUGGGAAUUUGCCGUAUCUGUGUGACAGUGCGCAGCUUGCUGGUAUAGUUCAAGAAUAUGCUAGCCCAGAGCUAGUUGAGGUUCUUUACGACAGAAACACCGGAAAAAGCAGAGGAUUCGCAUUUGUGACCAUGAGUACCAUCGAAGAAUGCAAUACCGUCAUCCAGAAUCUCGACGGAAGGGAAUACGGGGGUAGAACAUUGAGAGUUAAUUUCUCGGACAAGCCAAAACCGAAGGAGCCACUAUAUCCGGAAACGGAAUACAAACUUUUCGUAGGAAAUUUAUCGUGGACCGUUACAUCCGAAAUGUUAACACAAGCAUUUCAAGAAUACGGAUACGUGGCUGGAGCUAGAGUUCUUUAUGAUGGUGAAACUGGAAAAUCUCGUGGCUAUGGUUUCGUUUGCUACGAUACCGAAGCCGAAAUGGAAACCGCACUUAAAGCUCUCGAUGGAGUGGAAUUAGAAGGGCGUGCGCUGCGUGUUAGCCUGGCGCAGGGAAAGAAACAAUGAGAAGAAGACGAGACGAAGAAGAAGAAGAAAAGAAUUUUGAUUUCUCUCGAGAAAAAUGGAAGAUUAAAAAUGUGCAUUUGUCUCUGCUGAGAGAAAGAAAAAAAAUCAUAUUAACUGGAAAAUAGAAAAACCAUUCGAUUUUCGAUUUUAUGUGCCUUCCAUACGACAGGCACGAUGAUGUAAUACAUUGACAAACAGUCACAUAAGUACGUAAUGUGGAUGUGCGUAAAAUAUGUACGCAUCUAUUCUAUUGUAUGGUAAGAUAUAACUAUGUGACAUAGAACAAACCGUUUCAAUUGAUAUUCUUUCGUACCUA